CCGUGGCGUGAACACCUACUUUAGCGAAAAUUACAAGGUGGAAAACUUUUACGCCAAUAUUUAAAACAUCGUUAAUUUUUUUGAUUGUGCAUUUGUGAUAUUUAACGUAAUAUGGCAUAAUUCGGAUUAUUUUGCCAUAUUAAUUUAUAGGAAUAAAUCAAAACUUAAUAACAAAAUAAUGUAAACUAAAACAAUAGUUAUGGAAAAAAAUGGCAGUGAUGCCAGAGUUAUUGGUUUAAUAAAUUGUAUAAGAACGGAUCUGUGUAUAAAUGGAUGUGCAUAAUUGGUUCUGUUUUCUGAUUCUUCAACUGCAUUUGGUAUUUUUCAUAAGAGGAGAGGAUGGUGCGCAAAGUACACAUCAUCGUACAGAUGAUAGUCUAGCCAAAAUCGACUACAAAGACGAUAGCAAAACACUAGACUUUCUAAUGAACGUUAACAAUGAGGGGAAAGACUAUUUCCUACCGCCGAUAUUCUCAAGCAACGAAGAAGACGAAGAAGAAGAUGAAGCAGACCAUUCUUACUUAGAUUACGACUACGACAAUAAAGAAACUAAUUAUAAAGAUUCACCCGAUGUGGCAACAGUCAGCAGUGAUACGCAAGACGUAUUGCCAGAUGACAAAAUACCACUGCAUAGUGCUAAAGACAACUUACCCGUUUUUUUAUUGGAGCCUGAAAACACGUAUGUCGUGAAAAACAAACCAGCUACACUUAAGUGCCGUGCUGCAAAUGCACUAGAAGUGUAUUUUAAAUGCAACGGAGUAAAAACACAAGCGGCAAACUUCGAGUUUGUUGAUCCGCAAACCGGUGUCCGAAUUAUUGAGGGUGAAUACAGAGUUACGAGGGAACAUGUCGAGGAAUACUUCGGCACAGAGAAAUAUCAAUGUUCCUGCUUUGCUUGGACGAGUAGAGGACAAAUAAGGAGCCAACCAGCCACGGUUGAGCUUGCUUAUAUAAAGAAGCACUUCUCAGUAGCACCACAGUCGCAGCUCGCUAAACAACACACACCAGUUACCUUCAGAUGUGAGCCACCUCAAGCAGCACCAUUCGCUCAGCUGUACUGGCUGAAGAAUGACGCUCCAGUCGUUGUGGAUGACAAUGUUCAGCUGACCAAAGAGGGUGACUUGGUUAUUAAACAGGUGUCUUUACAAGACAUGGCGAACUACACCUGCGUCGCGGAAAAUUUAGCCGGAAAAAGGAUGUCUGAACCGGCUCUGCUUACUGUAUUCGUGAACGGAGGUUGGACGGCUUGGUCCACUUGGGCAGACUGUUUCUGUGCGGGUCAGGUCCGGGAACACCGUGAGGGUCGGGGCAGAAGAAGAAUACGAACAUGCACCUCACCUCGACCCUUAAAUGGAGGUCAACCUUGCAUAGGACCCAGUGUACAGAAGACCCAGGACUGCUUAGAUUGUGACUUGGAUAUGUACGUGGAUAAUUUGGACGAGUUGGCUGAUGAAUCGUCCGAUAUAAUAUUGGGUCGUUGGUCCCAAUGGUCUGAAUGGUCCAGAUGCGAUUCCGACUGUCUGCACACCAGAAGAAGACGAUGUAUAACAAGCACCGCUUGCCUCGGCAAAGAUUAUCAAGUUGCACAAUGUCCUAUGUGUGUUAGAACAUCUAAAUCCGAUAUUAUACAUGAUGGGUCUUCAUAUUGGCCACUAUUAAUUGCGUUAUCGAUAGCAUUUCUUAUAUUUAUUGUGGUUGUUGUAUUGGGUAUUAAAUACAUGAAGAUAAGAAUGGCGGACGACUCUCCAUAUGUCAAACCACCACCAGGUACAAACUAUUUUGGGAAUGUGAUAAAAAGAACUCUAACAAACCAGCCAGACUUGACAAUACAUGAAGAGUUCCAUACAGUUGACUCCAGACGUACUCACAGACAAACGAGUACUUCUACCAACGCUCGCAAUGAACAUCUCUAUGAAGUACCUCAGUUGGCUAACAGUUACAUCUCCCCAAUAGACCACGAGAGAGAGGUAAGAGCUCUUGGCGCAGAGAGUUACGCUUGCAAGGACAAGGAGUCAGAUCGAUCUGACUCCAGCUGCUUUUUGAGCUCAGGUUCAUCGUAUGGGAAUGAAAGUGUAGAAAUGUCGCCGUCGCUUAAAAACAACGCUUCUGUAGACUCAAAAUUUCUGAAUUCCCAAUACUUGGAAACGGCGACAUCUAAAAUCAUCAACAGUGAUGGUGGUUGGCUCAAUUUGGAGAAAUGUGGAGUUAGAUUGUUCAUUCCUGACGGUGUUGUUGAAAAAGGCGAGGAACUGUUCUCCGUUGAAGUCACUGAUGAGGAGUGGAAUAAGCCGAUGUUACAAGAAGGUGAAACGCAAUUAAGCCCUGUUAUAAGAUGCGGGCCGAAAAAUUUCCACUUUUGCAAAGGAGUCGUUCUAACAUUUCCACAUUGUGCAGCAAUUAAAAACUCUAGCUGGGUGCUCUCCAUCCUGCAAAAACCUGAAGAAAUCAACUCAAGGGAAUGGAGAAAAGUUCUAACUCUUGAUCAAGAAACACCCGGCACUCCUAUAUUUGCACAAGUUGAUCCAGCAAAAGUGUUUCUUGUUUGUGAAUUCUUGAGUGACUAUGUUCUUAUUGGUAGAAGCUUUAAUGCAUCGGAUGCCAAAUUGUUAAAAUUAGCUCUAUUUUUUAGCAAACGAAUUGACGGUUAUUAUAAUCUUCAUUUACACGCUUUUAAUGAUACGCCGUACGCAUUUUAUGAAUGUUACGAAAGUGAACGGCGCACCGGCGGUUUCCUCCUUUGUGAUCCUAAAACAAUUUACUUUGAAGAGAAUUGUUCAGAUUUGUGUGUAUGUGUUAGGGAUGUUGGUGUCGGCUGGAAGAUUCAGUCUGGAGGAAAAUACCAGGAACUCUCCUACGCCCGCCUAUGGAAUAUGAAUGUCAGCUCUUUACACUGUAUCUUCAUCCUCCAACAGACCGAUGCUAUGAAUAGCCUAGAUUUAAACAUCACGGUAUAUCAAAGACAAAAGCAAUCUAGCUCAGUCAAUUUUAACUUAAAAACAAACGAUAUUAAUUCGAAUUUCAAUUGUAAUAAACGUUUCAGCUACUCAGGUUUGGAUAUGGGUUACAGCGUUAAUACUCUCGAGAAUCCAUUCAACUAUUCGUCUUUGUCAAAAAAAGAGAGCCGAUACGAUUGCGUUCACAGAAACAACGGCAUUCGGAGGAGUAGUUUUACUGUAGACAAUAACUAUUUUAGAUCUAACAUUUUAACAAAAUCCGAUCGAGUUAUUCUUUGUAAACUAUUGGACUGUCAGACUUCUAAAGGCAACGAUUGGAGAUUGCUCGCGGAAAAGUUGAAACUUUCAGCCUUCUACUAUUAUUUCUCUAAUACUUGUUCUCCAACUGAGAAUAUUCUAAAUCUUUGGAUAUGUAGGAACAACGACAUAAGUAUGCUAGUGAGUUUAUCGAGAAUAUUUAGAGAGAUGUCUAGGAUAGAUUGCGCGACUGUUGUCGAGAGACGCUGUUUUCCUAAUAAUUAGACUGACUUUUUUAAGUCUAUUUUUUCACUCUAGUCAUUGUAUACGUUUACUUCAACGAUCACACUGCGCUUAGUAAUUGCGUGUACAAGCAAAAACCAUUACAGCUGGUCGAAUACUUGUCACUAGCUUUAUGUUAACAUAUGUUCAAGCAUUAGGUAUAUUCGACCAGAAUACUUUGUUAUUCCAAAGUAUGUUAUUUGCUUUACUUAGUAAAACUCGAAUGCAUAGCAAAUAUAUAUAUACACAAAGUAAAACUGUUUGAGUAGCUCGUUAAGCAAAUUAAUUAGAAGAGAAUUGAUGUUGACAGAUACUAUUUUUAGGUUAGAUUAAGUUCAUUUUGUACCUAACGAAAGUUAUUGUAUUGCGAAAAUAGGAAACCUACUAAAUUAUAUAGAUAACAUUUUUUUGUUUUUUUGAACACCUGAUUUAUUUUUUAAUUUGAAAUCAGACAGCCUUUUCGUUCGGGCUCAGUUAAUAUACGUAGAUCAACAUACUAUUAUGUUCCAAGAAAGUAUUAUAAAGAAUUUAAAUUUGCUAUCUCGGCCGCUUUCAGAAAUGAAAGUCGAAGGCUUUUUGCCUAAUUUGAGAUUUAAUGGUUCUUCAUAAAAAAUGCUAUCUUCAAAUAAUUGUAUCACUCAAUGAAGUUGCAAUGUAAAACGUAGAGAGUAAAGUUUUUCUUUACAAAGAGAGAAUGUUUACGAAACAUAAUUAGUUGUGUAUAGUUAUUAUAUGAACCAAAUAGAAAAUGUAAUGUAUUGUUUGGUUAAGGAAUAUUAAAAAAAAAUGAUUUUAGUAGUGAUUUAAAAUUUUUGAAGUAAAUAUUUUAA